AUGUUCCUCUUGAAGCCACCGGCGUCGCCUCUCGUCGCGGCCUCUGAUCCGCCUCAGCGACGCGUGCGCCUGAGCGCUCCCGAGUGGAAGUACGUCGCCGAAGGAGGUGCGAACGUUCUGUUCCGUCAUCGACCGACCGACAAAUCGCUCGCGUCUCGUGCGGUGGCAAAGGAGUUCAAAGGCAAAUUGCUGCGCGUGAAGAAAUGUGACGUUGUGCCGCCAAAAAGUAGCAGCAACAGCAGCAGCAACAAAAGUAGCAGCAACAAGACUGAGAAGCCGUAUGUACCCCAUUACCCGGACCCCCGUCAGGUGCUAAACUAUGCGACCCACGAGAUUAUGCCGUUCCUCGAGCAGCAGCUGCAGCGCCGCGCCACUCGUCUGAACGCGCGAGUGAAUUCGUACUUACAGGUGGCUGAGCUCGUGACAGUCGAUCGCGGGUUCUUACAGGCUCUGAACGUCGAGUUACUGGCGCUGGAGCACCGACCGGAGCACCGACGGCAGAGUCAAAUUGACGUGUCGCUGCAGUGUGUGAUGGUGUUACCGGACGUGACGCUGCCACCGCCUACCGACGAGUCAACGCCCUAUAUCUUUCAGUCCACGAGGAGUUUGCUGGAAGCUGAAGCACGGGAUGCAGAAGAGACGGACGAGCGUCAGGUCUCGGACGAAGAACUGUGGGAAGUGACGUCGGAUACGGAGCAGGAAGAAGGAGAGCAAUGGCACGAGAUUGACGGCGACAUUGGGACAAGAAAUCAGCACAAGGAAUCAGGUUCUAGCAGCACAAACAAGAGCGUCACUUUGGAUCAAGGAGACCAAGACAAGACCGAAGUGGUGCAGCAUGAGCCGCCGACUAGUGCAUCGAACUGCGUCGGUGGUCUGGAGCGCGGGAGGGGACCACACGCUCUCAAUCGUGCGCACAGCUCCUCGUUCCGUGCUGGCAAUGUCUUUGAUUGCUGCUUUCGCAACAUUUGCGUGGAGCUCAAGCCCAAGAUCGGCUUCAAGCCAAAGUGUCAACUGGUGGGUCCAACAAAGGCACGCGUGUGCCGCUUUUGCAUGCACCAGUACUACAAGAAGCGCACCGGUAAAGUGGAAGAGGUCAGCCGGUAUUGUCCGUUGGAUUUAUUCUCACGGGAUUCGAGUAGGAAGCGGCGAGCGUUGCGAGAUUUGCAGCGGACGCCUCAGAAUAACUUCAAGGUGUUUGUGCGCUCGGCGGAAGAUGAGGUUGUGAACGUCAUCACUGGGUUGAAUGCUGAUGCGCUCCCUAAAGGCGCAGCUCAGUCGCGAUACUCGUAUUGCCAACGGAAGCAAAUGGGCUUCCGCCACUCGUGCCAGUCGAUCGGCGCUGAGCACGACAUGGCUUUUGACGAAACGUUCGAGCAUGAGCGUGAUCACGCACAACUGAUGCCCGAAGUGGUUGAGCUGAUCACACAGGUGCUACAGGACCUGUCCAUUUUAGACGAUCUGAAGCAGAUGCAGUUGCUGGACCACAUUUCAGUCGACGGCAUGUGGCACCUCCAGCUAUUGCUGCGGAGACUCGACGAAGAGAAGCAGCGCGAGCAAGAGACGUCGUGUGAAGACACGACUGUAGGUCACCUGGUAGCUGCAAUACGGCAGCGGUGUAGCUUUCCUACCGACGAGGACGUUGAUCACAAGGGUAGUCUUGCACGCGGGCUGGCGUUCUUGCGUGUUGCACUGCACCGUGUGCCCGAGCUGGAUGUCCUACGAGAUGUCAAGUCGUGGGAGACAUUACGUCUCCAGCAGUUUCACGACUUGUACUCGGAGCUGGAGAAACGAUUCCAGGUCGCGACAACGCUGAAGGACUGCUCGCUGCUGUUGUGUUUGCGCCGCUCACCCGGUGACGACGCCGAUCGAGAGGGUGACUCCGCACCAGCAAACACACGGCCUCGUUUCCAGCAUCUGAUGGAGUUUGAACACCACGUGCGCUUUCGCAAUUUGGCCUUCGACUGCGUCGUGGCGAUCGUGGACCUGGACGUCAAGUCGCACAAGUCGGUGGAAGACUAUUACCGAUUGGACGAGAAGAUUGCGUUGAAUUUCCACCGCGAGUUUGGCGACAGUGGCGUAGCGCAGGCGCUAUGCCGGGAAGAAUGA